UCAGAUUCUUUCUUUUCUUUUCUUAUUUUGGCCGUGCUACGCAGCUUGCGGGAUGUUAGUUCCCUGACCAGGGAUCGAACCCGUGCCCCCUGCAGUGGCAGCACAGAGUCCUAACCACUGAACCACCAGGGAAUUCCCUUGAUCAGAUUAUUUAAAGCCAUUUCUUUUAGCUUCAAUCAGAUCUAAAUUCAGCCAGGGACCCAGCUACAACAGUGAACAAGACAUAGUCCUCCAAGCUUACAGCCACGUGGUAUAUAAAGACAAGAAAUAGGAAAGUAUAAACAGUGUGAUGAGAAUCUGUAUAGGGUGCUGUGGAAAUACAUAGAACUUCUUGACACAGAUUUAGGAGCUGGGGAGAGCUUCCUAGAAAAAGUGGCAUUUAGGCUUAUACCCUAAAUAGGAGUUAACUUGAGGAUGGAGAAGGUGGGAAGGUUCUAAGCAAAAGCUGUCUGUGUGAAGACCCAGAGGUGAAAGACAACGUGAUUCUGAAAACAGUUCAGAGAGGCAGCAUUGGCAGUGAAGUGAAAUCUGCAAGAGUCCUGCUCGCUCAAGGCCUGCAUACAGGAGAGAAGCAGGGGAAAAGCGUUACAAUCAGCUUUUGUUCUACAGCAUUUUAAAACAUAACAGGUAUAUUGGAAAGUCUGAUUCAGUUACGAUCAGUGUAUGGAAUCACAAGAAGAUCCAUAAAAAACAAGGUGCUGGAUUUCUUGGUUGUGUUCGUCUUCUUUCCAAUGCCAUCAACCGCCUCAAAGACACUGGUUAGGUUGGAUCUAUGCAAACUUGGGCCAAAUGACAAUGAUACAGUUAGAGGACAGAUAGUAGUAAGUCUUCAGUCCAGAGACCGAAUAGGCACAGGAGGACAAGUUGUGGACUGCAGUCGUUUGUUUGAUAAUGAUUUACCAGAUGGCUGGGAAGAAAGGCGAACUGCCUCUGGAAGAAUCCAGUACCUAAACCACAUAACAAGAACUACGCAAUGGGAACGCCCAACACGACCAGCAUCUGAAUAUUCUAGUCCUGGCAGACCUCUUAGCUGUUUUGUUGAUGAGAACACUCCAAUUAGUGGAACGAACGGUGCAACAUCUGGACAGUCUUCAGAUCCCAGACUGGCAGAGAGGAGAGUCAGGUCACAACGACAUAGAAAUUACAUGAGCAGGACACAUUUACAUACUCCUCCAGACCUACCAGAAGGCUAUGAACAGAGGACAACACAACAAGGUCAGGUGUAUUUCUUACAUACUCAGACUGGUGUGAGCACAUGGCAUGAUCCAAGAGUGCCUAGGGAUCUUAGCAACAUCAAUUGUGAAGAGCUUGGUCCAUUGCCUCCUGGAUGGGAGAUCCGGAAUACAGCAACAGGCAGAGUUUAUUUCGUUGACCAUAACAACAGAACAACACAGUUUACAGAUCCUCGGCUCUCUGCUAACUUGCAUUUAGUUUUAAAUCGGCAGAACCAAUUGAAAGACCAGCAACAGCAGGUGGUAUCGUUGUGCCCUGAUGACACAGAGUGUCUGACAGUCCCACGGUACAAACGAGACCUGGUUCAGAAACUAAAAAUUUUGCGGCAAGAACUUUCCCAGCAACAGCCUCAGGCUGGCCAUUGCCGCAUUGAGGUUUCCAGGGAAGAGAUUUUUGAGGAAUCAUAUCGACAAGUCAUGAAAAUGAGACCGAAAGAUCUCUGGAAGCGAUUAAUGAUAAAAUUUCGUGGAGAAGAAGGGCUUGACUACGGAGGGGUUGCCAGGGAGUGGUUAUAUCUCUUGUCACAUGAAAUGUUGAAUCCUUACUAUGGCCUCUUCCAGUAUUCAAGAGAUGAUAUCUAUACAUUGCAGAUCAAUCCUGAUUCUGCAGUUAAUCCGGAACAUUUAUCAUACUUCCACUUCGUUGGACGAAUAAUGGGAAUGGCUGUGUUUCAUGGACAUUAUAUUGAUGGUGGUUUCACAUUGCCUUUUUAUAAACAGUUGCUUGGGAAGUCCAUUACCUUGGAUGACAUGGAGUUAGUUGAUCCUGAUCUUCAUAACAGUUUAGUGUGGAUACUUGAGAAUGAUAUCACAGGUGUUUUGGACCAUACCUUCUGCGUCGAACAUAAUGCCUAUGGUGAAAUUAUUCAGCAUGAACUUAAACCAAAUGGCAAGAGUAUCCCUGUUACUGAAGAAAAUAAAAAAGAAUAUGUCAGACUCUAUGUGAACUGGAGAUUUUUACGAGGAAUUGAGGCACAAUUCCUGGCCCUGCAGAAAGGAUUUAAUGAAGUAAUUCCACAGCAUCUGCUGAAGACAUUUGAUGAGAAAGAGUUAGAGCUCAUUAUUUGUGGACUUGGAAAGAUAGAUGUUAAUGACUGGAAGGUAAACACCCGGUUAAAACACUGUACACCAGACAGCAAUGUUGUCAAGUGGUUUUGGAAGGCUGUGGAGUUUUUUGAUGAAGAACGACGAGCACGGUUACUUCAGUUUGUGACAGGCUCAUCCCGAGUGCCUCUGCAGGGCUUCAAAGCUUUACAAGGUGCUGCAGGCCCACGACUCUUUACCAUACACCAGAUUGAUGCCUGCACUAACAACCUGCCAAAAGCCCACACUUGCUUCAAUCGAAUAGACAUUCCGCCCUAUGAAAGCUAUGAAAAGUUAUAUGAAAAGCUGCUAACAGCCAUUGAAGAAACAUGUGGAUUUGCUGUGGAAUGACAACUUCAAGGAUUUACCCAGGACUCUAUUUAUACCCUGACUGACAGCCUCCUUUCAGCAGUUUCAAGGAACGCUGACAUACAGGAAAAUGCACCCCCCUUUUUAAAAAAAAUUUUAGGAUACUGUGAGGGGAAAGGACAAUUCUGAAAUUCCUUUUCAAGGAAAAAAAGGUCUUUAUGCUUUGCCAUGAGGCCACAUUCAGCUGCUAUUUAAAAUUAAUAUCUUGAACCUAAAGAAUGCUGACUUUUCCUACAUUUCCAGAGUUAGGCAGUAUUCUACACUUAAAGACUACUACUAUUUUUAUAAAAGGUAAUCUAUUCAAAUCGCUUCACAGAUUUCAACUCUAUCAAACAUCAAGACAACUUCAGCAGUCGGUACAAGUCACAUUUCAUUUUGGUUGAAUACAUGAUUUUGAACAGCUCCUGUACUUGCUCUUUGUAAAAAAAAAAAAAAUAAAAUUAUUU